CAUUUCUCCGAGUAUUCAAAUGGACCGAAAGCAAUAGCUCAUAUCCAUGUUAGGUGUCCAGGAAAAAUGUGACUUAAUUUCGCACAGCAGGUGAAUCGAACUUGAAACAUAUUGGCAUCCUAAAACCUCCCCUAAUACUUGACCACAAGUUCCCAAACAUAUUUUCAAAAAGUUUAAGAAACUUUUUUUAACACGUAAUUAAUCAUUUAUACAUUUUAAAAUUUUAACAACACAACUAAACUGUAUCAAAUUACUAUAUUGGUGAAAUAUUCACAUAAGUUUCUUAUCAAUAUGACCAAUACCAAAAUGCAAACUCUAGCUUCAACUUAAACGAAGCAGAAACCUCCCUCUCUCUGAGGAGUUUGACUACUCAGCUGGUCCCACCAUUGUAAGUUCUUUAGUUACCCUAUCUGCUACAGGCUUGCAGCCUUUGUUUCCUUCUGAGAAGUAUGAGUGUAUAUUGUACCUAUGUUGACUUCUUUCUCUAUAACGUGGUCAGUUGUUCUUAAUUACUCCUUUUAUGCAUCUCAUGAAUGUUUAGAUAUUGUGUAUCUUAUAUCAUAUAUCCGAUCCAUAUACAUUGAUAUAAGUGAAAAUGGUUGAUGUUGAAGAAUAUAGCUCAACUUUUUCCAGGAGACAUGUACAAGAGCCAAGAGCCAGAGGCGUGCUUAAUUUGUCAUGAGAAAGACAACUGUCUUAAGCUCCAACUUAUAUAACACAUUUUAGAGGCUCCAUUUUAAUUCCACUUUAAAUUGGUUAUAUUGUAUAUAUAAAUUUCAUUUAGUUUUGGAUUUAAACAAUAAUUUAUUUAUGCUAUUUAGAUUUAUUUUAUUCUAUUUUAGACUUUUAGAUUUAAUUUAUCUUCUAUCUUCAUAAAACUAUUAUUUUAUUUAUUUAAAUUUUAGACUUUAAAUUAUAAAUUUUUAGCUUGUAUGAUUUUAUUUUUACUAUUGUAGUAAAACAUUUAGAAGCUUACCAUUUAACAUAUCUAAAUAAGCACAUAUUUAAUUAAACAAUUAUAAAAUCUUAAUAGAUAAUUUGAAAUCUUGCAUUUUUGGUUUAAUAAACUAUGCAUUUUGUAUUCUUUUAAGAAAUAAUAUUUUCAAUUUUUCAUAUGAAUCUAUAAAUAUUAAAUACAUGAUUUUUUGUAAAGUUUUAUGUAAUAGAUAUUUACUAAUUAUGAAAACUUUUUUACUCUAGCCUUAGGCCCCCAAAUACCUAGUCACGGCACUGACAAGAGCUUGUAAAUUUAGGACAAACAAAGACGAAAAUGUCGGCGUAGUCUAGGCAGUUAUGUGAGUAAGAGAUGCGAUUUGGUUGGAAGUUAAGUAACUGACAGUCUAUAAAUAGAAAAAAAUGCGAGGUGUAUGCUUACCCUGGAGUUGGUAUGUCCUGUUCAUUCUCGUCUUUCUAUUAUUAGCACUAUUGACAUUAUUAGUUUUCUGUUUCUCUCCUUUUAUAUCCUCACUUCUUGAAGUAGAUUCUGUUCAUGACACACAGAGACGUAGCAGAAUAGAUCUUGUUUCCUUUUCUCCUUACGCCCAAAGGCAAUGAGGGAGCAGCCAAGGCAUUAUUAAAAGUUGAAGCAGUGUUGCUUUCCUCGACCAAUCAUCAAGCCCAGGAAAGUUAUAUCUCGACUAGGAUGGCUACCCCCAACGCUACAGGGAACUGCCCGACUGCAAUGAAGGCUAGUUCUAAUGGAGCCUUCCAAAACGAAAACCCUCUUGAUUACGCGCUUCCUCUGAUCAUCCUACAGAUCUGCUUGGUGGUUGUGUUUACAAGGCUCUUAGCUUACCUUCUUAAACCUCUCAAACAGCCACGGGUCAUUGCUGAGAUCAUUGGAGGGAUACUGCUUGGACCUACUGCUCUUGGACGAAGCAAGGUCUAUCUAGAAACUAUCUUUCCAGAAAAGAGCAUGACGGUUUUAGACACACUUGCAAACAUCGGUCUUCUGUUCUUCUUGUUCCUAGUUGGGCUUGAGCUUGACUUUGCAGCCAUCAGAAAAACCGGAAAGAAGUCACUUUUGAUAGCCUUAGCUGGGAUCUCACUUCCUUUUGUAAUAGGUGUAGGUGCAUCUUUUAUUCUCAGCUCCACCAUAAGCAAAGGAGUCCAUCAGCUACCCUUUAUAGUCUUCAUGGGUGUUGCCUUAUCCAUCACUGCCUUCCCUGUGCUUGCUCGUAUCCUAGCUGAGCUGAAGCUUCUAACAACAGACGUUGGACGUAUGGCCAUGUCAGCAGCUGGAGUGAAUGACAUUGCAGCUUGGAUAUUCCUUGCACUCGCCAUUGCUCUCUCAGGAAAUGACAGUUCUUCUCUUGUACCUCUUUGGGUUCUCCUCUCUGGAUCCGGUUUUGUGAUCUUUGCUAUUUUGGUAAUCAAACCUAUCCUUGGCUUUAUGGCUAAACGAUGUCCUGAAGGAGAGCCUGUCAAGGAACUCUAUGUCUGCGUCACUCUGACAUUGGUUUUAGCAGCAAGCUUUCUGACAGACACUAUUGGGAUACACGCGCUUUUCGGCGCGUUUGUGGUUGGUAUAGUGACUCCUAAACAAGGACCGUUUUGUAGGAUCUUAACCGAGAAGAUAGAGGAUCUUGUCUCAGGGCUUCUUCUACCAUUGUACUUUGCGUCAAGCGGUUUAAAAACCGAUGUAACAACCAUCAGAGGUGCACAAUCAUGGGGACUUCUAGUUCUUGUCAUACUCACUACUUGUUUUGGUAAGAUUGUAGGAACCGUUGGGGCCUCUAUGCUAUGUAAGGUUCCUUUCAGAGAAGCUAUGGCACUUGGAGUACUAAUGAACACCAAAGGUUUAGUAGAGCUUAUUGUUCUAAACAUCGGUAAGGACCGGAAGGUGUUGAAUGAUCAAGUCUUUGCUAUCUUAGUUCUAAUGGCAUUGGUCACAACGUUCAUUACAACACCACUCUUGUUAGCGAUUUACAAACCUGCGAGAAAAGGAGCACCUUACAAGCAUAGAACAAUACAAAGAAAAGACCAUGACUCGGAGUUGCGGAUACUCGCUUGCUUCCACAGUACACGCAACAUACCUACACUGAUCAACAUGAUAGAAUCAUCGAGAGGAACAGGGCUAAAGGGACGUCUCUGCGUCUACGCUAUGCAUCUAAUGGAGCUCUCUGAGCGGUCAUCAGCAAUCGCAAUGGUUCACAAAGCGCGGUACAACGGUCUCCCGAUCUGGAACAAGAUAGAGCGGUCCACGGAUCAAAUGGUAAUAGCUUUCGAAGGAUACCAGCAUCUCCGAGCCGUAGCGGUUAGACCAAUGACGGCAAUCUCCGACCUCAGCACCAUCCACGAGGAUAUCUGCACGAGCGCGCACCAGAAACGAGUGGCAAUGAUUCUCCUCCCCUUCCACAAGCAUCAAAGGAUGGACGGAGCGAUGGAGUCGAUAGGACACGCGUUCCACGAAGUGAACAAGCGCGUCCUACAACAAGCUCCCUGCUCCGUCGGGAUCCUCGUGGACAGAGGACUCGGAGGAGCGUCCCACGUCGUGGCCAGCGAAGUUGAUUACAAGAUCGUGGUUCCGUUCUUCGGAGGGUUAGACGACAGAGAAGCUCUCGCCUACGGGAUGAAGAUGGUGGAGCAUCCGGGGAUCACGCUGACCAUUCUCAAGUUCGUAGCGUCGAGAGGGACGUUGAAGAGGUUCGAGAAAGGUGAAGAGGAGGAAGAUGAGAAGAAGGAGAAAGAGAUCGACGAAGAGUUCGUGAGGGAGUUGAUGAACGAUCCGAGAGGGAAUGAGUCGUUGGCUUACGAGGAGAGAGUCGUUGAGAGUAAAGAAGAUGUUCGCGCGACUCUUAAGGCGACGAGCAAGUGUAAUCUGUUUGUUGUCGGGAGGAACGCUGCGGUUGUGCCGUUGGUUAAUAGUACGGAUUGUCCCGAGUUAGGACCAGUUGGACGUUUGUUGUCGUCUUCGGAGUUUUCGACUACUGCGUCGGUGCUUGUUGUUCAGGGAUACGAUUCGGCGGCGGAUACACGGCCAGUGGUUGAGGAUGAUGAUUUUGAACAGUCUUCUAGAGAAAUUGGAGACUCAACGGUCUGAAGGGAUCUAACUUAUUACAGAGCUUAAAGGAAAAGAAAAAGUGUCGUCUCUCUGUUUUUAUAUAUUUGCCUCACGAUAUAUUUUUUGUUGGGACUUGGGAGUGUCCGAAGUUUUCUUUUGUAUUUCCCGCUAAAAUAAUGGUUGUCAUCAUUAUAUUUAUGGACAUUUAAAAUCUGACUUGAAAUU